AUGGCAACCAUAUACCACAACCACCCGCUCCUCCACAGCCCAAACACAACACCCUUCAAACCGAAAAUCCUAUGCAAGAAUUCCAAAAGCGACAUAGCAUUUGAAGAGAAAACAUCUGGGUUCGUGGACUACGACAAGGGCGUACACCAAGUGUCCACUCAAGUGAGUGGAAUCAGGAAAGACCAGAUUCCUCGACGCUACCGUUUAAGAGUCCAAGGAGACAGGUUCCAGAAGGACUGGUCUAUUUCUCAGGUUGUCGAGAAAGUUCUUGAACUCGACCACAAGUCUGAUGACGUUGAAGGUGUCUUGAACCGGUGGGUUGGCCGGUUUGCUCGUAAGAAUUUCCCUCUUCUUAUCAAGGAGAUAACGCAGAAGGGUUCAAUUGAACAUAGCAUUCUCGUUUUUCGGUGGAUGAAGAAUCAGAAGAACUAUUGUGCUCGGACAGAUAUUUAUAAUAUGAUGAUUAGGCUGCAUGCUAGGCAUAAUUGGACUGAUCAGGCUCGAGGGUUGUUUUUUGAGAUGCAAAAAUGGAGGUGCAAACCAGAUGCUGAAACUUACAAUGCUCUUAUCAAUGCGCAUGGUCGAUCAGGUCAAUGGCGUUGGGCUAUGAAUAUAAUGGAGGACAUGCUGCAGCAAGCUAUUGCUCCCAGUCGGUCUACGUAUAAUAACUUGAUCAAUGCUUGCGGAUCUAGUGGAAAUUGGAGAGAAGCUCUGAAGGUUUGCAAGAAAAUGACUGAAAAUGGAGUUGGACCUGAUCUAGUGACUCACAAUAUUAUUUUAUCUGCAUACAAGAGCGGUGCCCAGUAUUCAAAAGCUUUGUCUUAUUUUGAAAUAAUGAAAGGUACAAAUAUUCGUCCUGACACAACAACCUUUAACAUUGUGAUAUAUUGCUUAACAAAGCUUGGCCACUAUGAGAAAGCCAUUGCUAUUUUCAAUUCCAUGAGGGAGAAGAGAGCAGAGUGCCACCCUGACAUUGUAACAUUUACAAGCAUCGCUCACUUGUAUUCAGUGAAUGGGCAGAUAGAAAACUGUAGGGCUGUGUUUAGUACUAUGGUCGCUGAAGGUCUCAAGCCUAAUAUUGUUUCCUACAAUACACUUAUGGGAGCGUAUGCUUCUCAGGGGAUGAGUAAAGAGGCAUUAUCUGUUUUCAAUGAAAUUAAAAACAGUGGACUUCGCCCUGAUGUUGUAUCGUAUACUUCUUUGCUAAAUUCUUAUGGAAGAUCAGAACAACCUAAAAAGGCAAGGGAAGUAUUUGAGAUGAUGAAGGGAGACAAGUGGAAGCCAAAUCUUGUCAGCUACAAUGCAAUGAUUGAUGCCUAUGGAUCUAAUGGUUUGCUUGCCGAAGCUGUGGAAGUUUUGCGUGAAAUGGAACAAGAUGGAAUCUCUCCAAAUGUUGUCUCAAUAUGCACUCUUUUGGCAGCUUGUGGACACUGUGCUAGGAGGGUGAAUAUUGAUGUUGUGCUUCAAGCAGCUGAAAUGCGAAGCAUUCAAUUGAAUACAAUUGCAUAUAAUUCCGCUAUUGGAAGCUAUAUGAAUGUGGGAGAGUUUGAAAAGGCUAUUUCUCUGUACAGAGCCAUGAGAAGAAGGAAAGUGAUUCCUGAUGCUGUUACUUUCACAGUCUUAGUAAGUGGUUGCUGUAAAAUGUCAAAAUAUGGCGAGGCACUUGAGUUUUUUUCCAAAAUGAUGAACUUGAAAAUUCCAAUGACCAGGGAAGUUUACUCUUCUGUGAUCUGUGCCUACAGCAAGCAGGGCAAAAUCACAGAAGCAGAAUCUAUGUUCAAUAAGAUGAAGAUGACUGGAUGUUGUCCUGAUGUUGUUACAUAUACUAUGAUGCUACAUGCUUAUAAUGCUGCAGAACACUGGAAAAAGGCUGGGGCUCUUCUUCAAGAAAUGGAAGCAUAUAAUAUCCAACCAGACACUAUUGCAUGUUCAGCUCUGAUGAGAGCUUUCAAUAAAGGAGAUGAUCCAUCAAAGGUUCUCAUUCUUGCAGAGUUUAUGAGAGAGAGAGAAAUCUCCUUCAGUGAUGCUAUUUUCUUUGAGAUGGUAUCAGCCUGUAGCCUAUUACGAGAUUGGCAAACGAUGAUCGACUUAAUUAAAUUGAUGGAGCCUUCAUUCUCUGUUGUUUCUAUUGGACUUCUGAAUCAGCUUCUGCAUCUUCUGGGGAAAACUGGAAAAAUUGAGUCUAUGAUGAAGUUGUUUUACAAGAUUAUAGGAUCAGGUGCUGAAAUCAACUGCAGCACUUACUCGAUCUUGUUGAAGAAUCUUUUGGCAGUUGGAAAUUGGAGGAAAUAUAUUGAGGUGACUUAUAAUCAGAAUUCUUUCGCUUUGAAACUUUCUAGGAGAGAGUAUUUGUUCUGA